AUGAUGCUGCAACGACACAUCUUUAAAAUAAUAAAUCCUUCCAGCUCACUCCACUGUCUUCAGGCUUGCAACGGCGACGUUAAGUGCCAAAGCUUCAAUUACGACUUCUCCGACGACAUUUGUGAACUGAAUAACCACACCAAGGAAGACAAACCUGAAGAUUUCAUCCCUAACUUUACGAGAUAUUAUUAUGGGAUAGCCAGAAAGAGAGGUUUGUAGUUAUUAAAAGAUGUGGAUGUGCUGUUUCUCCUGAUAGGAAGAUAUAUUUUUCUGAACUUUUCUGGGUUAUAUGAAUAUAUCUUCGGGGUUAAAAAUAACAGUUUUACUUCCUUCCUUCGCUGUCGAAGAUAGAUGAGGAGGGGGAGAGGAGAAAGAGAAGGGUGAAGGUCUUCGUUACGAAGACCUAUCAAAAGGUAGGUUUAUUCUUAAUGGCUGUGCCUCGUCCCUUUGAAUUUUUAUGGCGCUAAAUAAUGUGUGAAGUCCUAUUGUUUCAACACGGCGUUUACCCUUUUUUAGAAACUAUUCCAUCUCCAAUUAUUUCGUCAUAAAUGUUUCAUUAUCUAUAGCGCCACUGGGUUCCAUUCCAGAGCUUCCAGCUAAAUCUUGUGAAGAAAUAAAGGCGAGCGAGGGACAACAAGUAGUCAGCGGCCAGUACUGGAUCUAUUCCGCCAAUCAUGGAAAAGCUGUUUUAGCUUACUGCGACAUGGAAACAGAAGGUGGAGUAAUUGACUGAAAAAUCAAACUCGUCCAGUAAAUUCAUUUAUGAGGUUAUUAAUUCUUAGUUGUGUUGGCCCGUACGCAUGUUAGUUUGCACUAUUCAAUGAAUCAUUAACUCAUUCGUGAUCACUCGUUGAAUCAUAUGUACUGUAUUUAUUAUUUCUCUUUUACGUCUUCGUGGGCAGGAGGUGAUAAAUUCGAGCAUUAAAUCCAGUCAAACAAUCAUUUAGAAAAUAGUCACCCCAUCAGCCCGCUUGAAGAUCAAUUUUUCAUUAAUUAGCUAAUCAAGUAAUAACAAUUCAUUUAAUCAAGAAAAUCUCUUAAUCAGUCGUGCAUUGAAAACCUGAUCAAUAAAUCAGUUGACCGAUUGCUUUUGAAAUAUUUAGGUUUGUUUCUUUUAUAAAGGAUUACGUGACUUUUUGGUAUAAAGUAAGAACAGAUGGCAUUCAUACGUUCUGAUCAUGGCUGUUACUAUCGCAUCAUAGAUAUUGACGAAUGCGAAAGUGGUCUCCAUGGCUGCGUUGAAAACUUAGCAAAAUGUGUAAAUACGGUUGGAUCGUACAACUGUGUUUGUAACCCCGGUUACCGAGGGGACGGGAAGACCAGUUGCAUCUUCGUACCGCACGGUGAGUAACCUUCACAAAAAUUUAUCAAUCGUUCAUGGGGAAUUUUUUAGUUUCUGUUUAGUAAUUGUCAAAAUGAGCUAUCCCUUUUAACUGUGAAAACACUUUUGAAGAUUCAGCUUUUCUCUUUUUUACGAUAACUAUUUAGAAUGCUUAAGCUACUCAAACUUGACCAGUGCAACAAGGAAAACCACGCAUCAUACACCACAUGGAGAAGAAUCUUGCGACUCUGUACUUGACGAAGGCUGGUUUCGUUUCCAAGGAGACGCUGGUACAAAGAUGCCCACCAGUUGUGUCCCUGACAGCAGAUGUGGAACUGUUCUACCUGGUUGGCUGAAUGGUAACCAUCCAACAGAAACUGAGGGUGUAGUCAGCAGAACGGUUUGCUUUACUCAUGGAGAAAAAUGUUGUAAGGCACAGUUUUCAUUAAAGUAA